AUGGAGUCGUCCGCAGAGCCCGGGAAGCCGUUACCCAAAUACUGCAGUGUGGCCACAACCAUGAAGGUCCCUGCCUGGACGGGCGCUGCUGCUCCCUGGGACCUCUCCUUCACCUGCCCUUUCGGCCUCCAAGUGCCCUGGCUCACCAGCCACAACCCCUUCACCAGGUACACUUACCACCCAUGUUUCCACAUUGCUGACCCGGCAUGGCAGGGUCCCAGCUGGCUGGGAAGAGCAGGCAAUGCUGCGGGCACAUGGGUCCUGGCAAGAAGGGAGGCAGAUGGCCUUUACUACCGGGCUCAGAUAAAGUCUGCUCCAGAGCUGGAGAGGCAGGGGGCCCUGCUGGUGGAAUUUGAGGUUCCCCUUUUCACAGGCCCAAAUCUGCCAGCCCAGCGACAAGGUGUGGUCUUAGAAGAUGAUGUCAUUCAGUUCUCACCACCCAUGGAAUCCUCACUCCAGCCUGGGGACAAGGUGCUGGCAUCCUGGGAAUCAGAACAACAGCGAUAUGGCCCUGGCACUGUGCUCUUGGGCUUGAAGGGGAGAGACCCCCAGAGAGGUAAGGGAACAGAAGAAGAAAUUACUGUUCACUUCUGGAAUGGCAAGACCGCUACAGUGCCUGUAGGUGGGGUCCGGUGGGUACCCCCAGCUGUCUGGAAGAAGGCCGUGGAGAGGCUAUACCUGCCUUUCACUAGGGAGCGCCUGGGGCCCCUCCUCUGGGCCCCUUGUUGCUCUCUGCUGGGGCCCAUCGCUGGAUGUGUCACUAGUGGGUUUCCUCUGGGCGCUUCGUUCUUGUGUCCUCCCUGCCAACCCCAUGCCUGCUGCCAGCUGCUGUGUGGGAGCUGCCUCUGCUGCUACCCCUACCCUUUGGCUGGACCCACCUGGUGGCCGCUAACCAGGACCUCAGGGGUCACAGUCCGAGAACAUCCAGAAGAGGAGCUGAAGCCCACAGGCCAGCUUUUGCCGUUAGAGGGUCCGAAGAAUGAAGAAGUAGCAGUGCGAGCUCCCAUGACUGUUUCUUCCUCCUCCUCCUCCUCCUCCUCUUCUGAAGAAGAGAAUUUGGAGAAUGAUCUGGUGAUGGGACUCCCCCAGAGACUGAGGGUGAACAGCACAGUCAACACAGACCCCAUCCUGCCUGAGACGUCUCCGAGACAGGGAGGCCUUUGUCAGCCCGUGUGGAGGUACUGGAAGAGAAGUGGGCCCGAGCCACAGCCAGGGAAGCCAGGAACAAGAUUUUGCAACGUCUGGAAAGAAGAGAAGGACAACAAACAGCGAGCACAGACUGCAGUGGUGGGGAGCACCCAGGAGCUGGUGCUGGAAGGAACCAACAUGCAGCCACUACAGACGCUGCCCCAGGAAGCGGCGCACCCAGCACUGAGUCAAGGCACAGCCACACGUCAGAGGGGCCCCAACUCCCCUUAGACUAAAACCCCUGAGGAUCUAAGGAAAGCAGGA